AUGACAUCUGAGAGCGAAAUUGUUGCUACAGAGUGUCAUUGCCAUUUUCUCAUCUCUGAGGAAGCUCGCAAUGCUGACGUCACAGAAAAUUUAAAGUCCAACGACACCCGUAGCUCGCAUAUUCUGAAUAGUGCCGAGAAAGGCAAAAAAAUGCGACGACGAAAUAUCCACAAAGAAAGCAACAAAGAUGAGAAUUCAGAAGAUAUUGAAAAAAUAGCAAUGACAACGAUAGCCUUUCAAUCAAUGAUCUUAAAAGAAAAAAUUGAACAAAUAUUUGUUUUCCGUUUCAAUAAGAAAAUUGAAAUAUUGAAUGUCAUGUUUUAA